UGCCAUUUCCCACAAUCUCAGUCCCAUGUUUUCCCGACUAUGUCUUCCUCCAAACUCAAUCCUUCUUUCUUUCUUGCUCCAGAACAUCACCCAUGUCUUGGCUGAUUUAUCUCCAUAUUUCAGCGACAAGAAAUUCGACAAUGGUGAAUACGGUUCUUACCCUAUGCAGACGUUUCACUCGUCGAAGCUCGUAGCACCGCGAAUCAACGUCCUCAGCACAAGCUCACGAUGUGAUGAUGGAUCGUACACUCUAAUGACUCCGCGAGGUCAUCGCGUUCCAGAUGAAGCUCGGGGUCCAAUGAUCCUCGACCACCGUGGUGAUCUGGUCUGGGCUGUAACUGGAUACGAGCAAACCUAUGAUUUGAUGGUUCAGGAAUAUGGCGGCCAGCAGUAUUUGACAUUUUGGGGCGGUAACGAUGCUAUAGGCGGCCACGGUGCUGGCGAUUACUACAUGAUCGAUUCAACAUACAAACAGACCGCCAAGAUUGGCGCCGCCUCUGGAAUGGCCGCCGACCUCCACGAAUUUCGCUUUACAGACCAAGAAACUGCUCUGAUCACCGUGUACGAUGUCCAUCAAGUUGAUCUCACCUCGGUCGGAAAGUCAAAAGACGGAUACGUCUGGGAUAGUCUUUUCCAAGAGAUCAGCAUUUCCAACGGAGAACUAAUCUUCCAAUGGCGUGCGUCCGACCACUACGAUGUCGUUGAAUCCUUUCACGACAUUGGAGAUGAAGGAGCACAAGACAGACCUUGGGAUUUCUUCCACAUCAACAGCGUUGAGAAGGACCCCUGGGGCAACUAUCUGGUAUCAUCGCGCUAUAUGCACACCAUUACAUACGUCAACGGCACCUCCGGAUCCAUUGAUUGGAGACUCGGUGGCAAGCGCAACGAUUUUAAAGACGUCUCGGAUGGUCGAGCAACGGACUUUACUUUUCAACACGACGCGCGAUGGCACAAUAACUACACCGUCAUCAGUCUUUUUGAUAACGGUGCCCAGUACCCAAGUCACGAUGAAAAUGCACCAUAUAGCCGUGGAAUGAAGAUCGCUAUCGACGACGAGAAGAUGACUGCGCGACUAGUGACCGAAUACAUCAACCCAGAGAAGCUCCUCAGCUCAUCGCAAGGCAGUACCCAAAUUCUCCCGAACGGCAACGUGUUAGUUGGAUAUGGAUACAACGGGGCCUUCACUGAAUACGCUGCCAACGGCGAUACGUUAUGCGAUGCGCACUUUGGCUCCGCAAGUAGUUUUCAUACCGGCGAAGUUCAGAGCUAUCGCACAAUGAAGUUCAACUGGACUGGCCGACCACAUACAAACCCAAGCAUGGCGAUCGUCGACGGCUCCGCGUACGUGAGCUGGAACGGAGCAACUGAAGUUCACCAAUGGGUGGUGAAUAACUGUGAAUACCAGAAUGGAAGAGAGGAGUUGUGGCAGCCAUCCAUUAACGCCAAGAAGGAUGGCUUUGAGACGAUGAUCCCCCUCACCAAAGUUCUGGGGCCCUAUAUUAGAAUUGCGGCUCUUGACGAGGAGGGUCAUACCAUUGGAACUACCGAAUCAGUCCCCUUCGACGGCGAAACUGUCUUGCAGGAACUUCAACUUACCAGUUCAGCCAGCAGGCCUAUUGUGUUUUUCAUCGGCCUUCUUGCAUGUGUUACAACGGCGAUAGUCAUCGGAUGGGUGUUGAAGCGAUUGCGCCGGCGGACGCAUUUUCCGUAUUCGAAGUUGCGAUGGCCAUGAUCAUAUAGCGAUGAUAUCCGGAUGUCCUUGCCCGCUCUCUUCCAUGUUAUGUGAUCUUUUUCUCGUCACAGAUACCAUUUGAAGCUUCACAACCCAUGCGUUUCUCCUUGCCAAGCCGUCUCGAGACCUCAAUUGCUCAACCUCCUAUCAAUUCC